UGUAGUUCCUGCGAGACAGCAGCUAACCUGCCCAAAGCUUUGCCAGUAACACAGGGAUUGGCCAGUCCGUUUCUUGUGACACAGUGACGUGUGUAGGGAAGUGGCAGCUGGUGCUGGUAUCGAUGUGAGGGCGACGUUCUAAUGCGCAGCCCUGGAGACCGAGCCCGGGCAUAAGGACCCGUGUGUGAGGCGAGCAUUAAACUUCCGGUUACCGGUGCCCGAGUGCUGACACUGUACCUGCCCCGCUGGUCUCUGGCAGUGCCUGCUACGCAGCAUCAUGAUAAAAGCGAUCCUCAUCUUCAACAACCAUGGCAAGCCCCGGCUAUGCAAGUUCUACCAGCACUAUAGCGAAGACACACAACAACAGAUUAUAAGAGAAACUUUCCACCUUGUAUCCAAAAGAGAUGAAAAUGUUUGCAACUUCUUAGAAGGAGGCUUAUUAAUAGGUGGAUCUGACAACAAACUCAUAUAUCGGCAUUAUGCUACCUUAUAUUUUGUUUUUUGCGUGGAUUCUUCCGAAAGUGAACUUGGCAUUCUAGAUCUUAUACAAGUGUUUGUAGAAACACUGGAUAAAUGCUUUGAAAAUGUGUGUGAGCUGGAUUUAAUAUUCCAUGUCGACAAGGUUCACAACAUCCUUGCAGAAAUGGUGAUGGGAGGUAUGGUACUAGAAACUAAUAUGAAUGAAAUUGUCACUCAAAUUGAUGCACAGACAAAGCUGGAAAAGUCAGAGAAUUUUAUCUUUCAGUCUCCCAGACAGGACAGGUAGACAAAGGCUGGCUUAGCAGGAGCGCCGGCCCGGGCUGUGUCUGCCGUAAAGAAUAUGAAUCUUCCUGAGAUCCCAAGAAACAUUAACAUUGGUGAUAUCAGUAUAAAAGUGCCAAACCUGCCAUCUUUUAAAUAAGAUCAUUCCCUUUACUUGAAUUUGAUAAAACGUUUACGAAAUCAAUGUGGAUAGCGGUUUUCUAUUCCAUAAAACUGAAGGAUCUGUAUAGACUGUUUGCGAUAUAUCUGAAGUGUUGGACUCAGCUAGAUGUUGCUGUUAAUACUGCUAAGGCUAGCUCAACCUGACUCCAGAAUUACAUUCCUACGCCCCUGUAAGGCAUGUCCUAUGUCUUGGCUGCUCCCAUUUCCACAGAAAGUAUUUCCAAUGUCUCUUCGUUGUUCCGUUUACAUAGUUGAAGAAUUCCAUUAGAUAAUCUGAAAAUUCCUUAUUCUAUUAUGUUUCUAUUAUGUUUUCUCUUUUACUCAACAUAAGACACAAAAAUCCACUUUUUAAAGUAUCAUUUGAGAUUGAACAUGAACACAGUUGUUUUUAAUAUCGUUAUCUAGGAACUUCAUGAUAUAGCUGUUUUAACACUGUAAAACAUAUUGAGAUGGAAUGUCGUGGUGUAGUAUUCUGUAAAAUAAAUAUUUUAUGACUGUCA